AUGGCAGCCCCCAUAGAUCUCAACGCCGCUCGGAGAAAUUUAGGCGAGGCCUUAGGGGACAAUUUGACAAUAUAUUUCCAGAAUUUGAAGAACUGGUUUAAACAAAAGAUCUCUAAAGAAGAUUUUGAUUUUGAAUCUCGAAAAUUAUUAAAACCAGAAGAAGUACAUCUACACAAUGAGUUUUUACUGGCUAUUUUAUCAAGAUGUCAGAUGCUGGGCUCCACACUUAGUAACCAAUCGGUAGUGCCUGUAAAACUUUCUAAAAAAGGAAAAUUAAAACGAAAACAUCCUGAUGGCAGAUCUGAUUUUAUUCAGAGAUUCUGUCCAGUCAACCCAGUACAGUAUAUACCUACAGUUAAUAUUAGAUCUACUGAAGAUGAACCUCGACUAGGGUUUGCAGCUAGAGAGGGUCUGCUACCUGAUGACUCUAUGAUACAUGGUAGAAUGUUAGUUUGUGCCUGGGAGGCGGGGCUACAGGAAGUUAACGAAUCUUGCGUAAAACUCAUGUCUCAAGCUGUAGAGAGACAAUUAAAGAAUAUAUUAACGACAGUAUUAUCGCGACGAAGUGGGUAUAAAUUACGUCAUAAUAAAUUCCCGUUUGCUAUUGGUGGCAAUGUCAGUAAUCCAUAUUUACGACAGAAUCAUCUCACACAUGACUACAGUCUGAAUGAAGAAAGAACGAAACUGUCUGUCACUGGCAAUCAAAUUCCCUGUUUACGUCCACCAGUAGAGAUUGGAGAAGCCAGCGCUGCUCAACAGAUCUCCAUGGUUACCACUCCCUCUAGUGAGAAGGGAAACGUAACUUUGUAUGACGUAUUAGAUGCUCUACAACUCAACAAAAAUGUCAUUCCUGCCCACUCAGUGUAUGCCCCAAUGAUAGAACGGAUAAUUCACAAAUUAUGGCACCCUAGCAACGAAGAUUUAGACCAAGAUAGUAUUCACCAACAAGAAAUCAGCUUAAAACAACAAAUAGCCAGUCAGCAAGCAGCAGUUAGAUGAUGGGAGAUAACUCUCAAUGGAGGACUGUAUAAUUAUCUCCCUUUGAUUUAAAGGCAGCCUUAUUCCUGAAUGUGAUAUGAACAUUCCUCUCUGAAUCUUUCUAAUAAUAAAUUUGUGAAAAAGUUUCUGUUACCAUUUUAAAGCCAAUUAUGUGAGGUCUCUUUACAAUCUAAUCAUGUUUUAUGCUUCUAUAGCUUAUUUUGAUCAAGACAGGUGGUUAAGAACCAGCUAGUGCCAAACAGGAUCCAUUACAAAUCGUUGAUGUCUUGCAUCCACUCGGCUCAUAUAGAUAACUUAAGAAAUGGAAAACCUAAGUUGUCCUCUUUCUAAAAUCAUUGCCAAGAGGUUUGACCACGGACCAGCUGGUAGAAAGGAUCCUCGAGAACGUUAAUUUAUCUUUGUAAAAUCACUACCAAGGUUUGGCCAAGCUUGAUAAAAAUAGAUCAUUGAGAAACUAAGUUGUUUGGAAAAGGUUUAGAAGAAAAAAAUUCUUAUAAAUUAUAAUUAUUUCUUUCUUUUCUGAUUAAUAAGAUUUCUGAAAAUUAAGAUCGUUUCUUCGUUUUUAUUUCCCUUCAUUGCUAAAGACUAGUAGGAGAAAUUUUUGGAAAAGAAACCAAAAUAACAAUUCAAUUAAUCAAUUCAGAUGAUCUCAUGAUUUAUAUGUUUUGAAUCUUUUUGCUAGAACAGCAAGUUAUGUUAAGAAGUAACAUUAUUUUCUAUUUCAAUCUGCUAGUAAGCAAUAUUGUUGUAUAUAAUUUGUUAUUUUGUAUAUAGUUUAUAGUUAAAUCAAGAUGAAGAAUAAAAUUAUUUUCAAACUAUGUUAACUCUUAUUUCACAUUGGAAAUAAAUACUUAAAU